GUUUAGUCUUUUCGGAAUCUAAAUUGUCCACUUGUGAACUGCACACUUCGAUAUUAAAGCGUCAGUUCUAGUGCAUGUAAACCUCUAAACUAAUAUACGUAUAUGGCUUUUCUUCUAUGUGUAGGUUGUCAUAGUGUGCGGCCAGCCGGUCUCUUAAUUGCCCAUUGUUCUCGCUCGAAUUGGUUAUUGUACAUAAAUGUUAAUAUGUUUCAAACGUAUAUUUUUUUUGACACCGAAACAACUGGAUUAAUAACAAAAUGCAUGCCAAAAAUCGCAGAAUUAUCAUUAAUAGCAGUAUCAAGAAAUGCCAUAUCUGUUGAAACAGGAACCUUACCAAGAGUGUUGAGUAAAUUAGUUCUACCAAUAAAUCCAGUCAGAGAGAUACCUAAGGAAAUUGAAACAUUAACAGGCUUAUCGAAUGAAAGCGUAAACGACGUUGGAUCUUUUACUCGCGAUACAUAUGAUUUAAUCGUAAGUUUCAUAAAUCGACUUACACCACCAAUUUGUUUCGUCGCGUACAAUGGGGACGGAUUCGAUUACCCUAUAUUAUUAUGGGAACUUGGAAAUAUUAAUGUGAAUGUCGAUAAAGCAAUUUGUAGCAUUGACAUGAUGCUUUUAAUUAAAGAUUAUUUUAGUAGUAUUAAAAGCGGUGCUACUUGUAUUUCUGAAGAUGUUGAUAUUUUGUUAAACGAUGGUUGUAAUGAAAUGUUAUCGGAUGCAUUAGACACUGUCAUGCGUGACAACGAAGAAGGCGAUGCCUGUUCCAAUUCUCCUCGAAUCGAUUACUACUACGAAGAAGAAUGGGAAAUUAACAAGAGAAGACCCGAAAGAAGUAUUAUUAAACAACCUAAUAUAAAAUCGACGAAUAGAGGCUCUAAUGGAGGAAGGGAAACAUUACAUUUAAAAAAUAGUAAACCAAGUAAUUUUAAAUUAAGAACUAUCUAUAAACAUUUCUUUGGUACCGAUUCUCCAAAUGCGCACACUGCUGAAGGAGAUUGCCUUUCUAUGAUUCAAUGUGCAAUUCAGAUAAAACAUAUUUUUCUUGAAUGGGCUGACCUUAAUGCGGUACCUAUGAUUAAACACAAGAAACGAGGAUUCUAAAAUAUAUUUUGUACGUCUUCAUUUUGUAUACAAUAAUUGCCUGAAAAAAAACAUUUCCAAUUAA